AGCCUGUCCAAACGCAUCCCCUCGUCCCUGUAAUUUUGUUUGAUUCCACCUUUCAACUAAAUGUGAGUUGAAGCCAUGAUUGUCUCGAGGGAUCACGCACCUCCCAUAAUAUCUCUUGCAGUUUCAUCAGCCUCAUCUUAGAAAAAAAUGUUGCACAAUUCCCUUUUGUGUUGCAUCCCUUGCGGUUGCCUACGACGUAAAACGGGGCGACGGCUUCUCGUCGCUUUUUUUCUCACGUCCGUAGUGGCACUGGACCUGAUACUCCGGUUUCCGGUGACCUACAAGAAUUUCGCUUACUUUCAUCACAAUCCGGUGAAUGAUGAUGUCGCGACACUGUACAGGAAGCCGAAAAGCACUGGAGAGGGGACGGAAGCAGCUUUAAGACUUGGAUUUCACCGUAGGCAGUCAUUUAGGACUGAAGACUUAGUCCUGUCGUACAAGAGAAGGGAUAGAAACGAGCACGCGCAAACACGAUCAUUCAAAUCAUCAACCGUAGCUCAUUGACAGACUACUUAUUCCCUAUUGAAGAAUCCCCUCUAAUCUUCGAAAAAUCCGCCUCAGCAGCUGCAGGAAGCUUCUGGGACUCUAUGAAGCUCUUCUUCAAGAAACGCGCAGAUGAGGUAAGACGAAGUGGCUAUUUGGACUUACUCACUUCUGGAGGUGGUCUCUUUGCCAACGGAUCAUCCAAACCCUUGUUUUAAGGCUUGUAGUGAUCAUUUAUCUUCACAGGCUAUAUUAAUUGCAUCUCAUUUAUUAUUUCCCGUCCUCUGAAUAUGAGAUGCUCUGAGAGUAUGACCGUAGCAGAAGAACUAUUGUGAGCGCUAAUCAUUAGCGCGAAAGAAGAACGACGCAGCGAAACUAACAGUGUUGAUAAACCAAUUUCAACGUCCGUCGUGCUUGAGGAAGCAAUUGAGGGUGUUGAGAAGGUGUGCGAUUGUGCAUAGCGUCUACAUAAAUUGGUUCGAUGUGGAAAACGAACCGCCGAAGGAUGUCGCAGGAUUCAUGCGUGGCAGUGAAGAUGCGGAUAUGAGUUGAUUCCAUGACAGUCUCAGUCAAGAUGUUUUUUUUUUACAUGAAGAUGAUGAUCUCUUACUAAGAUGUGGUUAUUCUUGUGGUCAUCAUGAUGGGUCAGAGGAUACAACAACUUGUCUUGAUUAAGGAGGCGCUUUAUCAUUUCGCACUCGCAGGCUCUAAUCCCUCACCAUCUUCAAGAGAAACCACUGAAUUUGUCGAAGAACUCGAGGAGGAGCCGGACUACGCGAUUUUUCCAGCCUCGUCACCUGAGGAUAUUAUGUAUAUAUUGACGUUACUCACGUCGUUAAGCAGUCGGUCUUAAGUAGCUGCCGUGUCUCUACCCGGGUCACAACGGAACCAGGCAGCUGUUACAGUUGCUACGUGGUUCGAAUGAAUGAAUGAAUGAAUCAUAAGUAACACACUUCUGCUAUGAAGCCGUCUAGGGUCGUUGCCUAGUUAGAUUUGAUUCGUCCAAGAUCGAGAAACAAGAUACAGCUGAUUUCAACUCCACCAAAAACAAGCUCUAACGUCAUUCCAAAAAAAGGCGGAAAAAGAGCACCCUACCGGUUGAGCGACAAGUAUCGACCGCAUCUGUUUCCGACGGAUGCAGUUUUUGUCACGGACGUGGACAUGUUCUACAGCUGUCACGCCUUGCAGUACGCCUACAACGUGUGGAUCCAAUACAAUGAGAAUGAAGUAGAAAGACAACCAUCUUCACGAUCGCGCAUUCUAUCAACUGCUGAAGAAGGUAGGAGAGUGCUUGUUGAAGGGCAAGAGACGAACAAAGCGGGGAAUAAAACAACCGUUGCAGCGACGACUUCAACUGCGGUCGUAACUGCUGCCACAAAAAUAGUACGAGCUGCUCCACCUCCUCCGACUGGUGCACCACCUUCUUCUAGCGCUGUUGUUUCAUCAAGUGCUGCAACUUCCUCUUCUAGCGCUGUUGUUCCAUCAGCUGCUAUGCCUGCGUCUACUGCACUUUCUGCCUCAACAACAGCUACAUCAACAGACAAAAAUGCAGUACCUGCUGAAAUCAGAGCAGUGCCUACGAGAUCGAAGGCUAGUAAAGUUGCCAAGAUCUCCCAAACUGUGAAAGCUGUGGGGUUUCAUCCACGCUUUUUGUCCAGGACUGAGGCCUACGAUUGGAGUCUGAGCUACAGGCACAGCGCUGAUUUUUUGCAUAAUAUUAAGGCUAGUGCGUGAGUCGAGAUCGGGAACAAUUGGAAUCCAAUUUUUUCGUUUGUUGCACUGCAACUAGGCUCUAUACUUUCACGUGACGCUUCUAACCUAACCGUUUAAGAGUGUGAAUUGCAACAUCAUCUACUUGGUUCCAAUUCUAAUACCCCAGUUUUCAUCACGAAAGGCGCUUUGGUCCACAAAGAGGUGUUCCGCAAAAUCUGGAAAGACGAGUAUGCUCCGUUAUUAAGGCUCAAUACAAUUCAUCUGUACGAGCCAUUUCGGCCUAUUUUUUCCCACUUGGGAUUGGGAGAAAUGUAGGCACGAAGUGAAUUGUUUUGAGAUCUAACAUUAAGAGACCUCAUAGACCGAGAAUUCCAAGGAGGCGACCUUCUGGCGUCCUACGUGUUGGCCAUGGAGUAUGGACCACAUGGUUUUCGCGCACUUUGUCCAGCAGAAAAAUUCCAUCUCGCAACUGCAGCAUCGUGCUCAGCGAAUGAGAUUACGCAUGUGCUUGGAAAUGUAUCUCCAUUAAAGUCAUCUGUUGAAUGCAUUUCUAUCCUUACAGAGAAGAAAGUGUAAGGAUAAAAAUGCAUUCAACAGAUGUUUUUUGGGAAGGGAUGCAUUUCCUAGUCGUGCAACUCUAAUGAGAGGCCUAGUAGUUUGCAGAGAAAAGAUCCGUCUCAAGUAUUGCAUAAUUUCGAUGCGGAAGCAGACAUGAUCGUGGAAUACGAUGUGGGUGGGGCUGCGAGAGCCAAACUCAGUUGGAAACUAGCGAUGGAAAAGAGGAAAAUGAUUAGACGGAUAUUUGGUGGUGGUGGUGGUGGUGGAAUUGCAAGGCUAUUGGAGGAGGAAGAAAAGGAGGAGGAGGAUGAGAUUGGAGAUAAAUUGGAGGAGGAAAAGGAGAGAAAAGGAUCAGACCGUCAGCUUGGUCAGAAAGAAGAAGAACAAGCAUUAGUAGAAGAGGAUGCGGAUCAUCACGUGGCAUCAUCAAACGGCAAUGAAGGAGAUACCACUUCUCGUGAACUUUUGCCUGUGCCAACAGCGGGUGUUGCAGACCGGGUCAGCAAGGCCCUACCGAGUCAUAGUGCGGUAGACGACCAUUUGGCGUACUUAUUCCAAGUACCAGAGCUGACACCACGUGGGCCACGCAGAGACGAGUCGGAUUUUGCCUUGAAGAGCAAAAUUUCGGAGUUCCAAACCUACUAUCCAAAUAGCAUAAUAUGGGAAAGACAGAGCAGGUAUUGAUAACGAUGUUUGUGAAAGACAGAGCAGGUAAAUGAAUUGCCUUAUGAUGUAACUUUUACCGACACAGACUCUCUACCACUCAUAGUUUUGUUCGAACCGUCUCCCUUUCGCUCUUUUCCAAAUAACUCCUGUAUCUUUCACUCUCUCUCGACCACAUCAACAGAUACUACAUGGACUUUUGGCGGUGGGCUGAUCGAGAAGUGUACAAGUGGAUGAACCAGCUUGAUUGUGCCAGUGCACCGUGGCGGAGUGUCCCGGCAAAUGAAUUUUGGUUUAUGCAACAUGUGCAGUGAGGGGUUUUCAAACUGCAAGGGGAGCACGAUAGCUCUGUUGAACUAUCGUGGGAGAGCUCAUAAUUCCCAAUCUUAGUACAGUCUUCUUUCUCAUCUCGCUCUCAUCUCGAUUCUAACAUAACAGUCUUUUGCUGGUGGUGAAUGCUGAUGCAUGAAGGCAAUGUCCCGACUGAUUUUGAAUGAAGAUCAGUACAUGUGGAAAGUCC